CCCGCCCCGCAGGGCUGGGCUGCGGCUCUCAUGGCCCGGACGGGCGCCGGAGCGGCUCGCUAGGAUGAACGAAGAGGCAGCCCAGAAGAGCGACGGCGGGGAGAGGUGCAACGGCAGCAACCAGCGGAGGAAGCGGCCCAAGAAGUCUGACAGCAAUGCAAGCUUCCUCCGAGCUGCCAGAGCCGGCAAUCUGGACAAAGUAGUGGAAUACCUGAAAAGCGGAAUAGACAUUAACACCUGUAAUCAGAAUGGACUCAACGCUCUGCACCUGGCAGCUAAAGAAGGCCAUGUGGGACUGGUACAGGAAUUGUUGGAAAGAGGCUCAGCUGUGGAUUCUGCCACGAAGAAAGGGAAUACAGCCCUGCACAUCGCAUCCCUAGCAGGCCAAGCUGAAGUUGUCAAAGUUCUGGUUAAGGAAGGAGCCAACAUUAAUGCACAAUCUCAGAAUGGCUUUACUCCUUUAUAUAUGGCAGCUCAAGAGAACCACAUCGAAGUGGUGAAAUAUCUCCUGGAGAAUGGAGCCAACCAAAGCACAGCUACUGAGGACGGUUUCACUCCUCUAGCUGUUGCGCUGCAACAAGGACACAACCAGGCAGUGGCCAUCCUGCUGGAAAAUGACACCAAGGGGAAAGUGAGAUUGCCAGCUCUGCAUAUCGCCGCUAGGAAAGACGACACCAAGUCGGCAGCGCUCUUGCUGCAGAACGACCACAAUGCUGAUGUGCAGUCCAAGAUGAUGGUGAAUAGGACGACUGAGAGUGGCUUUACACCUCUGCACAUAGCUGCGCACUAUGGAAAUGUCAACGUGGCCACACUGCUGCUGAACCGAGGAGCUGCCGUCGACUUCACAGCAAGGAAUGGAAUCACCCCACUGCAUGUGGCUUCCAAAAGGGGAAACACAAACAUGGUGAAGCUCUUGUUGGAUCGCGGAGGGCAGAUCGAUGCCAAAACCAGGGAUGGACUCACCCCACUCCACUGUGCUGCAAGAAGUGGACACGACCAGGUUGUGGAGCUGCUCCUGGAGCGAGGUGCCCCACUUCUUGCCCGGACCAAGAACGGACUCUCUCCACUUCACAUGGCAGCCCAAGGAGACCACGUGGAGUGUGUCAAACACCUACUGCAGCACAAAGCUCCCGUGGAUGAUGUCACGCUGGAUUACCUGACCGCCCUCCAUGUGGCCGCACACUGUGGCCACUAUCGUGUCACCAAACUCCUUCUGGACAAGAGAGCCAAUCCCAACGCUCGUGCCCUGAAUGGUUUUACUCCACUGCACAUUGCCUGCAAGAAAAAUCGCAUCAAAGUCAUGGAACUCCUGGUGAAAUAUGGGGCUUCAAUCCAGGCUAUUACAGAGUCGGGCCUCACACCAAUACACGUGGCUGCAUUUAUGGGCCACUUGAACAUAGUCCUCCUUCUGCUGCAGAACGGAGCCUCUCCCGAUGUCACUAACAUUCGUGGAGAAACGGCGUUGCACAUGGCGGCACGUGCUGGGCAGGUGGAAGUGGUUCGCUGCCUCCUGAGAAACGGCGCCCUGGUUGAUGCCCGAGCCAGGGAAGAACAGACUCCACUUCACAUUGCUUCUCGUCUGGGUAAAACGGAGAUCGUCCAACUUCUGCUGCAGCACAUGGCCCACCCUGACGCUGCAACGACUAACGGGUACACUCCGCUUCACAUCUCUGCCAGGGAGGGACAAGUUGAUGUUGCAUCGGUUCUCCUAGAGGCGGGUGCCUCGCACUCCAUGUCCACCAAAAAGGGAUUCACACCUUUGCAUGUGGCAGCCAAAUAUGGGAGCCUGGAAGUAGCAAAACUCCUGCUGCAGCGUCGCGCCUCUCCCGAUUCAGCUGGCAAGAACGGCCUCACCCCGCUCCACGUGGCGGCCCACUAUGACAACCAGAAGGUUGCGCUGCUGCUGCUGGAGAAGGGCGCCUCCCCGCAUGUGACAGCCAAGAAUGGAUACACCCCUCUGCAUAUUGCGGCCAAGAAAAACCAGAUGCAGAUCGCAACCACGUUGUUGAACUACGGGGCUGACACCAAUAUUUUGACCAAGCAGGGAGUCACCCCGCUUCAUUUGGCCUCCCAGGAAGGUCACACUGACAUGGUGACCUUGCUUUUGGAGAAAGGAUCCAACAUCCACGUGGCGACAAAGACUGGACUGACAUCCCUACACCUCGCAGCCCAAGAGGAUAAAGUGAAUGUAGCCGAAAUACUCACAAAACACGGUGCUAACCAGGAUGCUCAGACAAAGCUCGGUUACACACCUUUAAUUGUGGCAUGUCACUAUGGAAACAUCAAAAUGGUGAAUUUUCUUCUCAAGCAGGGAGCAAAUGUCAAUGCUAAAACAAAGAAUGGGUACACGCCUCUGCACCAAGCUGCUCAGCAAGGCCACACUCACAUCAUCAACGUCCUUCUCCAACACGGGGCCAAGCCCAACGCCAUCACCACUAAUGGCAACACCGCCUUAGCUAUCGCAAGGCGCCUGGGAUACAUCUCAGUGGUCGAUACGCUGAAGGUUGUAACGGAGGAGAUCACCACCACCACAACUACUGUCACAGAGAAGCACAAGCUAAAUGUACCUGAGACAAUGACCGAGGUCCUGGAUGUUUCAGAUGAAGAAGGUGAUGACACAAUGACUGGAGAUGGAGGAGAGUACCUCAGGCCAGAAGACCUCAGAGAACUGGGAGACGACUCUUUACCGAGCAGCCAGUUCUUGGAUGGUAUGAACUACCUAAGGUACAGCUUGGAAGGCGGACGAUCGGACAGCCUGCGAUCCUUCAGUUCAGACAGGUCGCACACGUUGAGCCAUGCCUCCUACCUGAGGGACAGUGCCAUGAUCGACGAGACGGUUGUGAUCCCCAGCCAGCAGGUAACUCUGGCCAAAGAAGCUGAGAGGAAUUCUUAUCGCUUAAGCUGGGGCCCUGAAAACUUGGACAACGUAGCUCUUUCUUCCAGCCCCAUUCAUUCAGGCUGCAUGUCUGCAAAAAAGGAGGCUGGAUCCUUGCUAACAAGAUGCUCUUCUCCAUGUCUUGAUCAUGACAACAGCAGCUUCCUAGUUAGUUUCAUGGUGGAUGCUCGUGGAGGUGCCAUGAGAGGUUGCAGACAUAACGGACUCCGCAUCAUUAUUCCUCCGCGGAAAUGCACUGCUCCGACCCGCGUGACUUGCCGGUUGGUGAAACGCCACAGACUGGCCACCAUGCCUCCCAUGGUGGAAGGCGAAGGUCUGGCCAGCCGCCUGAUCGAAGUUGGACCUUCUGGUGCUCAGUUUCUUGGUAAACUUCAUCUGCCUACGGCUCCUCCCCCACUUAAUGAGGGAGAAAGCUUGGUCAGCCGAAUCCUUCAGCUGGGGCCUCCUGGGACCAAAUUCCUUGGGCCUGUGAUUGUGGAGAUUCCCCACUUUGCUGCUCUGCGUGGGAAAGAGAGGGAGCUGGUGAUCCUGCGCAGCGAGAACGGGGACAGCUGGAAGGAGCACUUCUGUGAAUACACCGAGGAUGAACUGAACGAAAUCCUGAACGGGAUGGAUGAAGUGCUGGACACUCCUGAGGAGCUCGAGAAGAAGCGGAUCUGCCGCAUCAUCACCCGAGAUUUCCCUCAGUACUUCGCAGUGGUGUCUCGGAUCAAACAGGACAGCAACCUUAUUGGACCGGAGGGAGGUGUGCUGAGCAGCACCGUUGUGCCACAAGUGCAGGCAGUCUUCCCGGAAGGGGCUCUAACCAAACGCAUUCGCGUUGGCCUCCAGGCUCAACCUAUGCAUACUGAACUUAUAAAGAAGAUUUUAGGCAACAAGGCAACCUUCAGUCCUAUAGUCACACUGGAGCCCAGGAGAAGGAAGUUCCAUAAACCCAUCACGAUGACGAUUCCCGUCCCCAAGGCCUCCAGUGAUGGGAUGAUGAAUGGUUAUGGAGGCGACACACCCACUUUAAGGUUACUAUGCAGCAUAACAGGAGGAACCACCCCUGCCCAGUGGGAAGACAUCACUGGAACAACACCACUGACAUUCGUUAAUGAAUGCGUUUCCUUCACAACAAACGUGUCUGCCAGAUUCUGGUUGAUAGACUGUCGACAGACACAAGAAUCUGUUACUUUUGCGUCCCAAGUGUACAGAGAGAUUAUCUGCGUCCCCUACAUGGCCAAAUUUGUGGUGUUUGCCAAAUCGCAUGACCCCAUUGAAGCACGAUUAAGAUGUUUUUGCAUGACAGAUGACAAAGUGGAUAAAACUCUAGAACAACAAGAAAACUUUGCUGAAGUUGCCAGAAGCAGGGAUGUAGAGGUAUUAGAAGGAAAACCCAUUUAUGUUGACUGCUUUGGCAAUUUGGUGCCACUAACAAAGAGUGGACAACAUCAUAUAUUCAGUUUUUUUGCCUUCAAAGAAAAUCGACUUCCUCUGUUUGUUAAGGUGCGUGAUACCACCCAGGAACCCUGCGGACGAUUGUCAUUCAUGAAGGAACCAAAAUCUACAAGAGGCCUCGUUCAUCAAGCCAUAUGUAAUUUAAACAUCACUUUACCCAUUUACACAAAGGAAUCAGAAUCCGAUCAAGAACAAGAAGAGGAGGUUGAUAUGACUUCCGAAAAAAAUGACGAGACAGAAUCUACAGAAACAUCUAUCCUGAAAAGCCAUCUGGUUAAUGAAGUCCCUGUUCUAGCCAGUCCAGACCUGUUGUCUGAAGUUUCUGAGAUGAAACAAGAUCUGAUCAAAAUGACUGCCAUCUUGACAACUGACCCUUCUGAUAAAUCAGGCUCCAUUAAAGUGAGAGAUCUUGGAAAAGCCACUGAAGAAGAGCCAGGAGAGCCUUUUGAAAUAGUUGAAAGAGUGAAAGAAGACUUAGAAAAAGUAAAUGAAAUUCUGAGAGGUGGAUCCUAUACCAGAGAACACAGUUUGCCGAAAUCUCCUUCCAAACAGGAACUUGAAGAAGAAGAAUGGGUCAUUGUCAGCGAUGAAGAAAUUGAAGAGGCCAGAAGAAAUGCUCCUUUAGAAGUCACUGAACCUACCUGUGUAGAAGUCAGGGUAGACAAAGGGACAAGAGAAAAGGAGAAGCCAGACAUGACAGGAAUGGUAGAUUACCUUGCAGAGGAUUUAAAAACGUAUGUUUCUCUCCAUGAGGUACAGCCACAAGCCUUACAGGAAGACAUAGUAGAAGAGCGAUUUGAAGCUGUAGUAAUAAGCAGGGAUUCUGAAAAAGAAGGGCAGGAGCCUCCAACAACUAAAGCAGUAAGUCCAAAGGAACAACACAAGCCAUCCUUAGAAAUUAAAAAGCCGGCUAGGACAAAAUUAAGAGACAAGCAAAAGCAAAAGGAAGGCAAGACGCACAGCAGUGAAGGACCAGGAGUAACAAAGUUAACUUCAAAUGAGGCACAAGGUGAGGAACCAGGCUUAACAGUGACAGCUGCUCCUGAGGCUAAAGCUGUAUCCCCUGUCAUAGAGGAAACUCCUAUUGGCUCAAUAAAAGAUAAAGUUAAAGCUCUUCAGAAACGAGUGGAAGAUGAACAAAAAAUACGGUCAAAACUACCUGUCAGAAUUCAAACAAGAGAAGCCACUGCUGAAAAGGCUUCUAAAAAACCGGUACCAGUCAAAAAACCAGUACCACACAAAGCACAACCUCCUGUUUCACCUUCUUCUAAGACAGAAAGACUUGAAGAAACCAUGUCAGUUCGUGAACUGAUGAAAGCUUUCCAGUCAGGCCAAGACCCAUCCAAGAACAUAUCUGGACUGUUUGAGCACAAAUCUGUCAAACAGAAGCAACAGGUCCCUGAGAAGGAGACAACCCGGAGAAAACCAGUUUCUUCACAAAGUGAAACAAAGCGAGUGUUAACCCACAAGACAGAGAAACAGAAGGACAAACAAAGCACGACAUUAAAAGCAGAGAAAGAGCCGCCAUCAAAAAAAGGAAAACCACAAACUUCUACUGUCGAAAGUACCAAGAAAACCGUAGGAAAAGACCAGGUAAAAGAGAAGAGCAGCAAAAAAACAGUAGAACCUCUCCCUCCAGUAUCCAGUGAUGAAAGUACCAAGGACACAGGAGCUGUGAUGGGCAGGACUUCUGAUGACCAAGGAGAUACUGACUUCCAGAUCAGCCCUGACAGAAAAACCUCAACAGACUUUUCUGAUGUCAUUAAAGAAGAACUGGAGGAUAAUGACAAAUAUCAACAGUUCCGACACCUUUCAGUGACAGAGGAGGGAGAGCUUAACUUGGAGCAAGUACUGACCAGUCCUUUCAGUGUUGCUUUUCCCACAGAGUAUGUGAAAGAUGGAUUCCUUCCUGCUCUUUCUCUGCAAAGUGCUGCUUUUGAUGGGAGCUCAGAGAGCCUUAAACACGAAGGUGUGGCUGAUUCUCCAGGUAGCCUACUUGAUGGAACCCCUCAGAUCAGCUCUGAGGAAAGUUAUAAGCACGAGGGACUGGCAGAGACUCCAGAAACCAGCCCUGAAAGCCUUUCGUUCUCACCAAAGAAAGCUGACGGGCAAAUUGAAGAAGCUAAAGGAACAGCUAGAGCACACACAACAGCAGAGCCAUGUUCUCCGAAGGAACUCUCUCCGAAGGAAGAUGAAAAAGGUAUUACUGAAAGACAGCUAGAUGCUGUUACCGAGACUAGUAAGUCUCAUUCUGACCGUGUAUCAGAAGAGCUUGUACCUACAGCCUCUGAAGAAGAGGCUGAUAAACUUAAAGAAAGUAGCUCAGCUUCCAUUAUGAAAGAUGUUAGCAGGGAUAAAGAAUCCAGAACCACUGCACAUUUAACUAAGUCUUCUGAAACACAUGACACUGCUUUAGAGAAAGAAAAUGAUCUAACCGCAACACGGCGCUCGCAGGUUAUAAGUCCCCAGAAAUUGGAACUUGCACUUGCUAGCCAUGAUAGUGAAAGCUUUAGCCCAGUGGCAGAUGACUCUUUUGCUAUAAGUCAUAAAGACUCACUGGAAGCAAGCCCAGUGCUAGAAGAUAACUCAUCACACAAAACGCCUGAUUCUUUGGAGCCCAGUCCUAUGAAAGAGUCUCCCUGCCGCGAUUCCCUUGAAAGUAGCCCUGUAGAACAACCAGCGAAGGCUGGUAUUUUGGGGCAGGGUCCUCUUCAGCCUGUUCUUAGCAAAGGAGAAGCCUGCCCAGAGCUGGCAUCGGUGCGUUCCAGGAUUCUCCGUGACCCUGAGGGAAGUGCUGACGAUGACAGUCUAGAGCAAACAUCCCUUAUGGAGAGUUCAGGGAAAAGUCCUCUUUCACCUGAAACUCCAAGUUCUGAAGAAAUUAGCUAUGAAAUCACACCUAAAACAGCAGACUCGCAGGUACUGUCAAACGUACCAAAGUCGGCCGUGAUCCCUGAAGUCAGUGAAGAACCAGAGGAUGAUUCAGAAAGCGAACCAAAGAAGAGAUUCACCCCUGAAGAGGAGAUGUUCAAAAUGGUGACCAAAAUCAAAAUGUUUGAUGAAUUAGAACAAGAAGCAAAACAGAAGAGAGAUUACAAAAAGGAUUGUAAGCAAGAUGAAUCUUCUGUGGUUGUUGAUUCAGAAGUGGCACGUGAAGUUGAAGAACCGGCGUCAACAGCUGUAGAAGAAAAAGACACACCUACAGUGGUGAUGACUGCAGCUGAAUCUAGAAAAAGUUCUUCCUCUUCAGAAAGUGAGCCUGAAUUGACUCAGCUGAAAAAAGAAGCUGACUCAGGCCUCUUAAUGGAGCCUGCGAUACGCGUGCAGCCCCCCUCACCAUUACCAUCCAGGACCGACUCCAGUUCUAGCCCCGAUGAAGCAGGUUUCAAGCCCAUUGAUUCAAAGCAGUGCUCUGUCAGGAUAGGUGCGGUUAAAGCAGAACAGGAUGAGUCCACAGAAGAUGACAAAGAGGAACCGCUCAUCCUUGGGGAAAGCUGUAAGGCUUCCACAAGAGAACCACGCAUUUGUCAUUCUGAUGGUUGUGCAUCAGCAGGAACUAAGGAAUCAAACUGUGACAGCACAGACGACAGCAACACAGUUAGCCCCGGUGCCCCAGUCACGCAGUCUGGGAGCACUCUGGGUCAUUCCAUUGGUGACAGUUCUCAAAAAGAAGUUCGCAUUGAGUCUUCGCUAACAGCACAGCAAUAUGACACCACUGAAAAAGAUGUCAAAACCACACACGCAGGUCUCAUUUCCACAGGAGCUGUGUCUGAGAAAGCAGACGAUAGUUCUUGUGGACACGGUAUGACCGGGUACUCUGUACCGCAAGACGGCAAACUGACUGAAGACGAUACCACUGACUGUUCUGAUUUGGGAAGUGGUUUGGGAAAAGCAGAUACCGGUUUUGAAACAUCUCAAGGAGAUAUUCACGCUGAGGAACCCUUACCAGAGUAUUCAUCCCUUACCACUGAAACAGUGGAGCUUGAAAGUUGUGCAGCAGACGCUGCUGAAAGUAGUGCUCCUUAUCUAGUAAGCCCUUAUGAAAACGUGUCUUCUGAACAUUUCUUUACUGACUCUGAAAGUAAGACAGGAUCUGGUCGGAGUCUGUUAUCUAGGGAAAACUAUUCUCUUGAAGGAGGAGAUCAGACUAGUGAAGUUUUACUUAGCAGAGGCACAGGUGGAGAAUAUCACUCUUCAGAGGAAGUCUAUAUGGAAAUAGCACCAAAACCGGAGGAGGCAUUUAAAAAAACGUCACAAGGGUCUUCAGCCUCAGAUUCCACAAAAUUAGCUGAAUCUGCCUUUGAGGAUACAGGAGUUGAAACAGAGAAACUGAUCAGUCAAGUUGUCAUCACUAAAACUGACGUGGAUUCUGACAUGUGGAGUGAAAUACGUGAAGAUGAUGAAGCUUUUGAAGCUCGGGUGAAAGAAGAGGAACAAAAGAUAUUUGGGUUGAUGGUAGAUCGGCGAUCACAAGGCACAACACCAGAUACGACACCAGCCAGAACACCCACUGAAGAAGGGACACCGCUGAGCGAGCAAAAUCCUUUUCUUUUUCAGGAAGGAAAGUUGUUUGAAAUGACUAGAAGUGGAGCCAUUGACAUGACCAAAAGGAACUACCCAGAUGAAAGCUUUCAUUUCUUCCAAGUAGGGCAGCAGCCUCAGGAAGAAGUUUCUUUAUCUGAAGAAGUAACAGAAGCAGCAGAGGUGGAAUCUUCCGAGCUUAAGAGCUCACCAGAUCCAUUUUCACCUUCAGAAUCAGGGGACUUAGAUAUGCAAGAAAAAGAUACAUUGAAAUAUUCACCCCCAGAAUCUGAGUCUAGCGAUAAAUCAGAAGAAAUGACGGGUGAAAGUGUCAGCACAGGCACUGCAAAAGCAGAUCUUAAAUCCAGAAUUCCAAUUAAAAUGGGUAUUUCAGCUUCUUCAAAAUCACCAAAGAAAGAAAAUGCUGCCUCUGAAGCUGAGCCCCUCUCCGGAACGGAGACUGACACGGUUGAUAGCAGUCAGGUGCCUUGUCCUACCUCUCCUGAGCAGUCUGUGGUAGAAGAUGAAUUAGAUUUUUGCACAGUCGCUAGAUCGGUUUGUUCUGAACAGGGUGAUGAGUCCCCAGACUCUUCGCCAGAGGAACAGAGAUCUGUGAUUGAAAUCCCUACUGCUCUAAUGGAGAGAGUGCCUUCUUGUGAAAGCAAAUCCAAAAUUCCCGUAAGAACAGCUACUGCUGCAUCACAAUCAUUGCAACCAUCGGAAGACGAGAGCCUUCCUGCAGAUUGCUGCCUAGACGGUUCGCAGUGUGAAGGAAAAGAUGACCAAGCAAAACCAAAGUCUAAAAUUCCUGUCAAAGCAGCUUUCCAAAAAGCUGAACAACAAUACCCACAGCCAGACACAUCAGCCCACAAGCUAGAGUCACCCAAAGCCCUUGACGUGACAACCAACCUACCUACGAAACAAGAUAACCGAAGUAAAUCCGAAUCUGACGCAAGUAUUCCCGUGGACCCAAAGACUAAACGCUCCAUAAAAGCUAGGAGUUAUGCUGAGGCAGAAGCAGAGACCAGGGAGAGGGAGAGAGAGAUGGAUCUUGAGCUAGACUCAGAUGAGGCAACAACAGCAAGACCCAAGGUAUUUUCAUCACGGUUGCCAGUUAAAAGCAGAAGCACCACAGCCUCCCACAGUCCUUUUAGCCCCACAAAAGAAAGUAAGGAACAUUUUUUUGACCUUUACAAAAACUCCAUAGAAUUCUUUGAAGAAAUUAGUGAUGAAGCUUCUAAAUUAGUGGAAAGACUCACGCAGUCAGAGAGAGAACAAGAAUUAGUUUCAGAUGAUGAAAGCAGUAGUGCCCUAGAAGUUUCAGUUAUUGAAAAUGUGCCAUCCAGUGAGACUCAGCAGUCAGUUCCUGAAGACAUCUUUGACACCAGACCUAUUUGGGAUGAGUCCAUAGAGACUCAGAUUGAACGUAUCCCUGAUGAAAAUGUCCAUGACCAUGCUGAAGAUCAACAGGAUGAUCAGGAAAGGACAGAGGAAAGACUGGCCCACAUUGCUGAUCAUCUUGGAUUCAGCUGGACAGAGCUAGCAAGAGAACUGGAUUUCACAGAAGAGCAAAUUCACCAGAUCCGAAUUGAAAAUCCUAAUUCCCUUCAAGACCAGAGCCACGCACUCCUCAAAUACUGGCUUGAAAGGGAUGGGAAACAUGCAACAGAUACCAAUCUUACCCAGUGUCUUACAAAAAUCAACCGAAUGGAUAUUGUUCACCUCAUGGAGACCAGCGGCAUAGACUCCAUGCAAGUCCACGGCACUCGCACCUACGCAGAAAUUGAACAAACCAUAGGACUGGACCACAGCGAAGGGUUUUCUGCGCUGCCAGAAGAACUGUACAGUUCAAGACACAAGCAAGAAGUACAACAUAGAAUAUCUAAAGACAGUGACCCAUCUGAACACCCUCCCAUUGUCUCUGAGGAAGACAUGUCUGUCAGUUAUUCUCCUUUUCCGGACAGUACUCCCAGGAGCGAGGCCGACGUUUCAAUGGCUGAGUUCCUGAGGCCAGCGCAUAAGGAGCAAGUAGAAGCUGAAUUCUCAGGGAAACCCCAAGAUCUGCCCCAAAAACCAUCUCCUUCUCAACACGAGUAUUUGGUCACAACUCCAGGAACGGAGCAGUCUGCAGCACCAGGCACUGAAACGGCAGCAAGCGGAAAAUCUGCACACUCCAGCGCAGCAAAGGAGGAGAGAGAAAAACCACCCCCACAGCCCCCAUCACCUGCUCAGAGAGGCAACUAUCCCAUUGUCCAAGAGCCCGAGGAGCCCAAGCUCCACCAGGAUGACCCCUCUGCAAGGAGAACUAGUCUCGUGAUAGUGGAGUCAACUGACGAGCAAGCAGAGAAGUUGGAAGAGGAAUCUUUAGAAAAGGAGCUAGCGGAGGAGUUAGGUGAGCUGGAGAUAAGCUCGGACGAGGAUGAGAUGGUCACUACCAGAGUCAUUCGUCGCCGGGUGAUUAUUCAGGCUGAUAGUAUGCCUGACAUGCCACCAGAAACAGUCAUAGAGGAGCAAUACACAGAUGAACAUGGCCACACAGUGGUAAAGAAGGUCACUAGAAAGAUCAUCCGGCGAUACGUUUCUCCAGAUGGCACAGAGAAGGAGGAAGUCCUAAUGCAAGGAACACCACAAAAUCCUGUCACUGUUGAAGAAGGAGAUGGCUAUUCCAAAGUUGUAAAACGGGUUGUGCUGAAGAGCGACAGUGAACAGUCAGAGGUGACACUGUCUGAACCUGCUGUUUUGCCCGGUACCUCCAAAUUCCAGUCCGAACCAGUGGAAGGCCGGAAGGUCAGCAAAGUCAUAAAAACCACUGUAGUGCAAGGAGAGAGAACGGAGAAACACCUGGGGGAUGCCAGCUUAGCUACUGAUCUUCCGUCAGCCAAAGAGGACUUUGAAAAGGCUUUGAGCUAUACAGGUAACCACAUGAAAGUCCAGCUUCCUGCUUUAGUAGAGAAAGAGAUCAUGAGAGAGGACGGCUCAGUGAUUAAAAGGACAACACUGAGUAAAGCCAGCACACAGAAGAGGACUGUGAUGAAGGAUCGGUAUGGAAAACAUGUUCACAUAGUUGAGCUGGAAGACACACCAGAAGCACUACCACAGGAUGACCUCCAACACGACCUCCAGCAGCUUCUUAGACACUUCUGCAGAGAGGACUGGAAACAGGAGGCAAAGUGAGAAGCUGCUACCCCUCAGCACCACCACACAACCAUCCAUCCCGUGAGCAGCGUUCAUCUUCUCUAGGUGUAGACGUUAUUUCCUACCUACUUAAUCACUGGAAGACACUGCCAUUUCUACUCGUGCAGAUGCAGUGAAUUAAUUUCUGCCCCCCCCCCGCCCUUGUAUUUGAUUUUGGGGUUUUGUUGUUUUUUCUUUUUUACCCUGUAAAAGCUAAUUUGUGACCAAAGAUAGCAUCCUUCAUUCAGGAUGAUUUAUCCACCGAAUCGUCGUCUUUGUGCUGUACUGGGAAUUUGUCAGCAUCGCCACUUCUUGCCGUCCCUUUGCUUCUGCACUAGCUUCACGAAAUUGCAUUUGUCAAGCCAACUUCAUCUACAGGCCUCUUCAAGUGACUAUGUACAUGCAUCGUAAAAAAAGGGAGUUAACGUGUAUAUAGCAAAAGGACGUGGACUUACACAAGACUGCAGAAAACACACUGCCUGCGACUACAAUUAGUGUCAUGGAUUGCAAGGUCUGUUGACACUGCUGAGCAGCAAUUAAUAACGUUAACACAAUCGACUGCAAACACAGACUGACCGAGGAGGAAGCGCUGCAGAUCUACUGCGUCCAUCAGACUUCCAGUUUAGGGAUCUAUUAUAGUUAAAGGCUCUAAGAGUCAGGCUGAAAACCUGGAAAUUCAGCUGUUCUCAUGCAGGAGCAGCUGUCUGUGGCCAUUAACACUUCUGAGACCUUCAGACAGCCACUGAGAGAUUUCCAGAAACAGAAAAUAAUAAUAAUAAUAGUAAAAAAAGAAUACCCAAUUAGGUAACCAACUCGCUAGCAGCUAUAUCUAUGGCACAUUUGCAUACGGUAUUAAAAUCUUUUAGAUCCGGAAAUGUGGCAGGGUGUAUUAAACAAUUAUAACUCCAGUAGUUUCCUGUUUUCAUCACUGCUUAGCGAACCACACUGUCCUAUUGGUGGUACUUCCCGCUGGCCACUGCACUAUAGAUAACUAUGGGAGACAGACUUACCCACUAUACAAGGAGAAUAAUUAAUUCACCGUGUUUUAUCAAGAUUGCCUCUUAUCCGAUCCAUGCAUGUGGCAUUGAAGGUCAAAACCGAACCCUCCUAUAAUCAUGUCAUCUCGUUAGCCCUCUUAGCACUGAGCGAGCAGUUUUUAUCCUCCAAUCACGUGUUUUUUAAAGGGAAAUUGCUCACGGUCCUCAAUAGCCAGUUUCUGUUCAUAUUUUGUUACCUAUCUCUAUAUAUAAUAUAUAUAUAUAUAUUUCUAAGCCAACCCUCUGGAAACCACGACAGCAUGUCUGCACUUUUAUUUUUCCAAAAAGGGAACAUAGAGAUCUGACAUUUUGGAUGUUCUAUACCAUAAUAUUUAAUGGUGGGAGCUCUGUAGGGUUUUAGCAUAUAUAACACACACACACACACACACUAACUAGACAUUUUUAAACAGCUAUUUGAUUUUUUUAAUAGCAUCCCCCAAACCAGAGUAACCCAAAUCCUCUCCUGACACUUUUUCCAAGCUUAUCUGGCCUUCUAUGAUUAUGGGGUGGUUUGUUUUUUUAAUGACUCACUCAGUGCUCAGAACAAGGGCACUUCCUCAAUAACGCUACGAUGCCGAAAGCAUGAAAACAUCUUGGGAGUUCUGGCUUCCUGCAGGCAAAACAACCUGAGGUGCCAUGCUAACACUUUUUUGGGCAGGUAGGAAAAAGGGGAAACAAAAAAAGUGUUUUGGCAGCCGAACCGAAUGAGACCCACGAUGGAACAUUUCACAAGGCAUCAUGACUUCCUUAUUGUCAGAGACAGCACAGGAUGAUCUUCAAGGAUGGGGCUCUAAGAAAUGCAUUUCUGUUGUGUUACUUGCGGUGCAGAUGAUGUUCUGUGUAACAACAUAAUGGUUAUUCACCUCUUAUUUUGAUUUUUUGCUGUGUUAUCAAAGAACUUGAAUACUGUGAGAAGAAGUGAGUUUUAAGUUGACGAAUCAGCAUCUUGUUCCCAUGGUGAUAACACUAAUUGAAUAUAUCUAUGAGGGCAUGUAUUAGUUAAAAAUUAAAAAAACCAUACAACACUAACAAUACAUAGCUGCAAUGUGUACAAUGGCUGAUUUAACUAAAUAAAAAUGUACAAGUGUUAAAUGUAGAAAUCACGGCUCAUUCUCUUUUACUGCCAGUGCAGCAUAAAAAGGAACGGCACCGAUUUGGGUCCCUUCACUGAACUAUCAGAAUUUAAUUCCUGUGUACCAUGUUCCCUGAGAUAGAUAUAUAUAUCUCCCUGAUUUUAUUUGUUAUAUAUAUAUUAAUUCAUAGGAGCAUUAAGGUUGGAAAAGCCCUCUCAGCUCAUCCAGUCUGACCGCCAGCCCAGCCCCACCGUGCCUGCUAAACCAUGUCCCAAAGCGCCACGUCUCCAUGUUUUUUGAACCCCUCCAGGAGUUCCCCUCCACCACUGCACCUGGUUCAGGUGAUAAUUGGUGCCACUAUUAAUCCCUUGUGAUGUACCAUCAGUUCCUAAAACUGAAGCAAGGUGCAAGGCAUCACACAAAGUGAUUUUUUUUUCACUCUGGCAGUUGGGUUCGGCGGUAAUGGAGAAGGCAUGCAAACAUGGCAGAACAAAGGUAGCUGAUGCUCUCUCCCCUUCCCUUCUUGUCAUGCUUGAGGAGGUUCUGGAGGAAGACUGCAGGAUUAGCUUCACAGUGCUCCUUUGUCAUCACAACGUGGGAGUGACUACCUGUGAUUUAGGACCUUCUAAAUCGUGUGAAAGAAUAUCUUCGUUGCCUUCACUAUAUAGUAUUUGGACCAACUGUUAAGGCUGUUUUUGGUGUCUUAGGUGAGUCAUUCUUUAAGUGAUGUUUCAGGGGUAAGGGGAU